AUGGGAUUUAAUUCACUUUCGGAGGCGAAUCCGUAUGCACGGGUCUACAAUCGUCAAAGAGCACUUUUCUCUCUUCCACGAAGCACUGAAGGUCUCCUACCUCGAUCCUCUGCUCAAGUGCCGCCUCGGCAGCGCGCUCAAUCGACGACAUCAAAUACAAGCUCGGAGAAUGGAACGAAUCCAUACGAAACGCUUCUUCGUGACACUACUCAGCAUCGUGUCGGUGGUGGCCUUUCAACGUCUUCCGCCUACGACAUCCAAAUGUUGCCCGACGAAUUUGCACUCAAACAAUCGUUGGGUGGAUCUCUGCGUGAUCGAUUUGCCGAUUCACCGCCCAUUCCAUCGAUGAGCCAAGCUGAUCGCUCUACUAUCAACAAGAGACUCAUCUCACACGAAAGUCUUCGCGAUCUGCAACAAUUGAAUGACCCUUUCCAACAACAACAGGAACCUCGCACUGCUUCUUUGAGGACUCAGUGUUACUUGGGCGGAUUGGGAGCUGAAUCGGCGUGCGAGAUUGAUGCCCUGCCCGAGCAAUUCUGCAAAAAAAUCAUCCCUCGAUCGCCAAAGAAAAGUCAACAUGCUUCAACAUCGGUCAUCUCGAAUCCGCAAUCGUUUCAAACGGUCAACAAGCGACUACUCACGGCCAAACGUCAAGAGGAUCUCAACCGAUUGCCCGAUUCUGCAUUGUUCCCUCCAUAUCGAUCGUCAUCACGCGACAAACAACAAUGUGGUUGUCCUUCAUCUACGCCUCGAAGCUCCAAAGUGUCAUCGUAUUUCAACAGCCCUGCAAGAAGUUGCCAUUCGGAUGCUUCUCAAUCACAGAAUCGAAUCGGCUCUCUUGGUGAAUCGUCUCAAUGGGAUAUUCGAAUGCUUCCAAAUCCUUUCCCGGCUCGUUUCCCUCGUGCCGAAUCUUACAUGGAACCCAUGGUCAACAAACAUCUUAUCACUCUCCAAAGUCAAGCUGAUCUUCGUGCUAUUCCCGAUCCAUUCAAUAAGAAUCAACAGAACUCGUAUGGUGCUUAUCGUCAAGAUCGAAAUGAGAGGAGUGACCGCUUUGAUGUUCCCCGUUCGGCUUAUCCUGGGAUCAAACGUACGGGAAGUAAUCAGUGCUUGAACAAAUACGCCGCUUCUACCGACUCAAUGUACGACCUCAAGCGUUUGCCCAGUGACAUGUUCGGCAGUUCGAAUUCGGCUUAUGAGAUCCGCAUCCGUGACUACUCUCGUCAAUCAUUGGACGAUCUCAGUCAAUUGCCCGAUCCAUUUGCUGCCAACUAUGAGCGAUCGCUUCACACGGCUCGCGAGAAGAGUGAUUCGCGUAGUCGGGUUGCCGAAUCGCUCGCAGAAAUCGAUGGAUUGGUGGACAUGUGCGAGGAUUGCCUGAAGAAGCUCCAACCUCAC